UCAAUUCAAAAAUCAACCUAGAAAAUCCUGCAGAUUCUGUAUGAUAUCUGCUGGAUCUUGCUUUACAAACUGUUAGAUUUUCUUCCAUGGCCGACCUUUUUAAAGCUCACCUUUCUGCUUCCUCCUCAUCCAACCUUCUUCUUCUCCUCCUUCCCCUUUCUGGGUUUUCUUUGUUCAACGAUCAUGGGAAUGACAACUCAGUCUCAGACUCAGUUCCAUGUUCUUGCUGUUGAUGACAGUCUCAUUGAUAGAAAACUUAUCGAGAAGCUUCUCAAGACCUCUUCUUGUCAAGUUACUGCAGUUGAUUCUGGAAGCAAGGCUUUGGAGUUUCUUGGAUUGAAUGACGAGAGUAUUGACAACGAAGAAGAAGAUGAUCGACAAGUGGGAGUGAAUUUGAUCAUCACAGAUUAUUGCAUGCCUGGAAUGACAGGCUAUGAUCUCCUCAGAAGAAUCAAACAAUCUUCUUUUAAAGACAUACCAGUUGUUAUCAUGUCUUCUGAGAACAUCCCAUCAAGAAUCAACAGAUGUUUGGAAGAUGGAGCUGAAGAGUUCUUUUUGAAGCCAGUUCAAUUAUCAGAUGUAAACAAGCUGAGGCCUCAUCUCAUGAAAGGAAUUGGAUCUGAAGAAACGCGAUCAAACAUUAAUAAAAGGAAGGGCUUGGAAGAUAUUCAUUCCCCCGGUAGAACAAGAGCAGGAUACAAUGAAUUGGAAGUUGUCUGAUCUGCAUACCCUGGGGGAAAUUUUCUUGGUUUUCUGGAUACAAAGUGGGAUGAAGGGUUGAUGAGAUCCAAACUUAAUGAACCAAUUCUACACAGCUCUGGGUUCUUCCUAGUGUCAGAUUCUUUGUUUUACACAAAAUCAUGGUAUAGAAUUUUGAUUCAUGUUAGAGAUGAGGGAGAGCUACCUGAUUAUGCUUUAGGGUUACAUGGAAUCUAUGUUUCCAAAUGUAAAUCAG